UUGACAACUACAGAACUGUCAAGACAAGAAGCGGCGCAUCGCUGAAACUUGUUUACCAACAUCGUGCGUGAAAUUCAACAUUCAUACAAUUUCUCAAACACUUUAAAACGUAUUUAGUUCUUGUAAAAUAUUUCCAAUUUUAGAUAAUACCUCAGCAAUAUGCUACCCUUAUCGCUUCUCAAAACGGCACAGAGUCAUCCUAUGUUGGUGGAACUCAAAAAUGGCGAAACCUACAACGGCCACUUGGUAAGCUGCGACACCUGGAUGAACAUCAAUCUUCGUGAGGUCAUCUGCACAUCAAAGGAUGGCGAUAAAUUUUGGCGAAUGCCCGAAUGUUACAUCCGUGGCAGUACGAUCAAGUAUCUGCGCAUUCCGGACGAGGUGAUCGACAUGGUGAAGGAGGAUGUGCAGGCCAAAUCGCGGAAUCGAACCGAGCUGAACAAGGGAGGUGGCCGCGGCCAAGGUGGGGGCGGUGGAGGCCAGCAGGGAGGACGAGGAGGACCCGGGGGAGCCGGUGGGGGACGCAAUAAUGCCAACGCCAAUAAUAGGAACACCUUUGGAAAUCGCGCGGGCAAUCGGUCCGGACUUGGCAAUCCGAAUCGGAACGCGCUCAACAAGAAGUAAUCGGCACCACAAUCGGCCAUCGGGUGCCGUCUGUUGCCUAAAGUGUGAAAAAAGAAAAGCCAAGCAUUUUGGACGAGGAACGUUUUCAGAGAAAACAUGAAUAAAAAAUAUGCUUUUCUGUGUUUGUUGGUGGACGACGCGCUCCGCUUGGGAAGAAA